UGGUCUGCAGCCGACCGGAACCGCGUCCUGGACCUCUCGUUGCUAGGCAACCGCCGUUGGUCCCACGGCCGAGCUAGCGGACGCGGCUGGGACGCUGCGCUGGGGACCCCGAGGAGGCGCCAUGGACCUGGUCAUCACGCAGGAGCUGGCCCGCGCCCAGAGCCAGCAAGACGCCGCCGCCCUGAGGAGGGCCUACGAGCUCAUCAAGUCGGGCAACGUGGGGAAAUCCGAGCUGGACCCCAGGGAAAGCUUCAGCCCCGACCUGUUCGUGCUGUGUGCCGAGCAGGCCCUCAAGAUGGGGCAGCCCGAGGUGAGCGCCGACUGCAUACAGAUGUACUUCAAGGUGAAGGGGCCUGUCACGCAGUUCCUGGGCCGGGCGCACCUGUGCCGGGCCCAGCUGUGCGCCCCGCAGUCCACGGACAACCUGGAGGAAUUUGAGAACUGUGUGACUCAGUACAUGAAGGCUAUCAACUUUGCGAAAGGAGAGCCGAGGUACUACUUCCUAGUGUAUAACGCCUCCGUGCUCUACUGGCAAAUGGUGAGGCCCUUCCUGCAGCCCGGAUACCACCACCACCUGAUCCCCAGCCUCUCCCAGAUCGUGAGCGUGCUGAACCAGAUCGAGGAAGAAGACAAGGAGUGGCGAGUGGAGCUGAUGCUGGAACUUCUUGAGUGCUACCUGCAAGCUGAAAGAAAGGAGGAGGCUGCUAGGUUCUGUUCCACCGCGGCGCCGUUCAUAAAAUCGAAUGUGCCGCAGAAAUACCGGCAGAUAUUCUCUCUUAUGGUUCGUCAUGAGUUAAUGGAUAUGCGUCAGUUAAAAGAAGAAAAGAAAAAUUCCAUUAGCCUUUCGGUUGCUUUCCUCAUUAGUAUGCUAAAAGGAAAACUGGAUAAAAAUGAAUUACCAGAAGAUGUCGAAAGUAUUCUGAAAAAGGCCUAUAAACAUUUAAGUCAUUACAAUCACCAGCGCUUUCCUUCAAUCAGAGAAGAUAAAAUGCUGUUGCUCUUCGAACUGGCUUACCUCUCUCUGAUCUUGAAGUGCGUGGACAUCUCCUCCAACUGCCUCACAGACCUGAAGAAAAUCGGAACCAACGCUCCCGGGAAGCAGAUUGAAAUUGAGUGUCUGGAGUACGAAUUAGAAGCUUCAACUCUUGAAGAUAAUAUUAAACUCUACGUCCGAGCCGCAGUUGAGGCCCAGCUGGACAUCAUCCAGGCGCUGGACGUGCUGCUGCAGCGAGCGGUGCGGCUGGGCGACCCCCGGGCCAUCCACGUGGUGUGCACCGCGCAGUGGAACACCUGCCUGCCCCUGCUGCAGCACAACCUGCGGCACCACCUGCGCAAGCCGCUGGCCAGCAUCGCCGAGGUCCUGGAGAAGGCGGACAGUCUCCUGAGCCAGCUGCGCUGUCAGGUGCACAUGGAGCUGGCACACCUGGAGGAGGACGAGGACCGGCUGGAGCCCGCCCUGGAGCACCUGCAGAAGGCCGCGCGCCUGGACAGCCUGGGCCUCUACAAGGAGCGGCUGCAGACGGCCACCCACCGGCUGCACCUGUGCACCGUGCUCUACCAGGUCCCCGAUCGCGCCGAAGACAAGGCCACCAUGGCCAUUGAGCAGGCGAAGAGAUCCAUCGUCAAGGACAGCGUGCGCAGGGAGCGGGCCCUCCUGGCCAUGGCCGGCCUGGCCCUGGCCCCCGACGCCUUCCAGAUCGUGCUCGACAGCGAGAACGAGGCCAAAGUUUCCACCGGGAAGAACCGGGGCCGGUUCAGCUUCCUGGCGGCGAAGGCACGUCACCACAUGGCCAGCGUGGACAAGGCCGGCGGGCACUUGCGGCGCCUGGGGAACGAGAACGAGAAGGAGAGGAUCCAAAUCUGGGCGGAGCUGGCCAAGGCCGCGCGGAAGCGGGGUGUGUGGGAUGUCUGCCGGGCGGCCAGCCGCUUCUGCCUGCUCUACGACGGAGCCAAGGGAAGGAGGUCGUGGCGGCUGCGCAGAGGACGGCGGCGGCGCGGCUGGGAGAGCUCCGAGCAGGAUGCGGCCCUGUCGGAGGUGCUGCUGCAGCGGCAGGUGGGCUGCGACCUGCUGCGGAGGUUCGCGGAGGUGGGCUUCAUCAACGCCGAGGCCACCGUCCAGCUGCUGCGCUCAGAGGGCGUGGAGCUGAACAACCGGCCCGUGCCCCCUGAGGACCUGAGCCAGCACCCGGCUGGCUACGUGCCGGAGCCCCCGGAGAGGAACGAGGACUGGAUCACGUACAGAAGCUGGAUAGAAGGCCUGUCCCAGUACGCCACCAGCAACUGGCUGCGCUCCGCGGACAUCGGGCAGGAGAUCCACGAGGCCUGGGUCGUGCAGAACGCCGUGGUCUACGUCCUGAACCACAACCACCACCUCAUCCAGGCCGGGCGGCAGAAGGAGCUCGUGGGCACCUUGAACCACCUCCUGAGCACCGUCAGGGACUUUGGCCACGACGAAGUGGACCCCGAGAUGCUGGCCAUGCUCUGUGACACGCUGGCCCGCGGCCUGGUGAUCGGCUGGAUCCCCCCCCAGGUGUUCGAGAAGUCGAGAAAGCCCGUGCGGACGAUUAUCUUCCACACCCCGCCGGACUCGGGGGCUGCCUCUGAGAUCAGGGCUGCGGUGGAGGUCUGUGAGUUUGCUCUGAACCUGACCAGCGGGACUGUGCCCGAGGAGGGGGUCCCCACCCGCGCCCGGCAGCGGCUCAUUGCCACCUGGGUGAAGGCCAAGCAGCUGCUGCAGCAGCAGAUCGGACCACGGCUGGGCACGGAGGAGCAGGGCACCAACAGCGAGGAAGUCGGCUGUGUGACCAGGGUCCUGGUGGCCUUGGAGAUGUACUCGUGCAACGGGCUGGGCCUCAUGGACUUCACGGUCCCCCCACUCGCCCAGCUGGUGAAGAUGGCCUCCGAGUGCAACUGGCCAGAACCCCUGGUGGAGCUGCAGACCCUGACGCGGCUGACCCACUUCGCCCAUGCGGCGCGUGACCACGAGAUCACCAUGGCCUGCUCCCACCAGGCCAUCGAGUUGGGCAUCAAGUACCUGAGGACGUUUGGUCCGGUGGAGGCCCGGCUGGUGGCGGAGAUGCUGAGCGCGGCCGCCUGCGCCCAGGGCAGGAGCAUCAUGGAAAACCUCAAGGGCCGGAAGCAGCUGCGGCUGUCAGCCGCCAGGGCCUUCCUGGACAGCAUCAGGUUCGGGGGCGUCGCGGGCAGCAGGGCCCUGGUGAUGCUGGCCGUGCGGCACUACUGGAACACCUGGCUGCCCCUGCUGUCCUCCGUGGCCAACAGGAGGAAGGCCAAGGCCGGCGUCCAGCGCAUCAUCGGCAUCAUCAACAGGCUGGACACCCGCAAGCAGGACAAAGGGAAGACGCUGCUCCUGCACCAGUGGCCCACCUCGGACUUCCAGAGCAGCGGGGCCACCGAAGGCCACUUCCUCCCAGGGGCCGAGGACGACCUCUCCCUCCGCGUGGCGAUGUACGGGCUGCUCUUCCACACCCACGCCGACCAGGAGGACUGGGAGGGGGGCCUGCGGGUGCUGGACGAGGCGGUGCAGAUGCUGCCACGGACGGCCCACCGCCUCCUGAUCUUCAAGCACAUGGUCAUCGUGAAGGCCAAGCUGGGCCGGAACUUCACCAUGGAGAUGCAGAAGUUCAAGGACGAGAGCGAGGAGUACCUGUCGCACAUGUGGCACCGCCUGGCCCAGAACUCGAAGAACGUCUAUGGGGAGCUGAGCUGCUACCACAACGCCAUCCAGGCCCUGCAGAAGGCGCAGAGCGCGUGGCAGAAGGUGGACUGCAUCCUGGAGUUCAGCGAGUGGCUGUUCCACCGGCAGUUCCCCCUGGAGGACGUGAUCUUCCACCUGCAGUGGGCCAUCGAGAUCCUGCUGGCCAUGAAGCCCCCCCAGGCCGCCCCCGAGCCGCAGCAGCAGCCGGAGCAGCAGCCAGAGGACGACUUGGAGAGGGUUCAGGUGUCCCCCGAAAGCCCAGCCUCCAAGGACGCGAGGAUGCCGUCGCUGGAGCGGCUGCGCAGCGUGCGGCAGCUGGAGGCGCUGGCCCGCGCCUACACCCUGCUGGCUCUGGUGGUGUCGCCCUCCGCCGCCAGCUACGUGGACUACAGCCUGCUGGCCCACGUGCUGUUCAGGCACAUCUGGAAGAUUUCUCUGACUACAGCAGGAAAAUUAAUCCAAGACACUAAAGUUUUCACAGUGGCGAGCUCGUGCGUGUCGGUGUCUAAGAAGGAAAAGGAGAAAACUAAGGAGAAGGUCGCGGAGAGGGAGAAGCCGCGGGACAAGGAGAAGCCGCGGGACAAGGAGAAGCCGCGGGACAAGGAGAAGCCGCGGGACAAGGAGAAGCCGCGGGACAAGGAGAAGCCGCGCGAGAAGGAGGAGAGGGAGCGCAGCAGGGAGGCCAAGCAGCACGUCCCCAGCAGGGGCCCCGAGAUGCUGCCGGCCAGCAUGGAGGAGUGGGCGUCCUACGUCUGCCCCGAGGAGGUGCUCUUGGUGCUCAGGCAGGACCGGAGCGAGCUGACCGUCAACGCGGCGAGCCUCCAGAGGCCGACAUAUACUCUGUACUACCUGGACUGCUUGGUGGCCAUCCUACAGAAGCUGUCGCUUCCCGAGCUCACGGUCCCCAUCCUGCAGCUGGGAGUGCUGAUCGCGGACGCCGUGGUGGAAAGCAAGAGCCUCGCGGACCUCUACCACCUCCGACUCGCCCUGGUGUGCUCCGAGCUGAAGCUGAGGGAAGCAGCCGCAUACCACGAGGAGGCCGUGGGGUCCGUGUACAUCGGGGACCUGGAGCAGGCGAGCUGCAGGAAAGAGAUCGCGCUGAAGAGAGAGAAGAACCGGGACCCCUUGCUGGAGGACGGCCUGCGGGUGCUGAGAAACCUGGCGCCUGCCACCCCCCUCGCCAGGGUGAAGCCGCAGGUGGCGAAGGACCAGAUCCUGAAGAGGAACUCGCAGACGGGCAGGGGCCUGGACGGGACAGCCUUCCCGCGGCUGUGGCUGCUCAAAGGCGAGGUCCUGCUGCAGCUGCACCUGUUCCAGCCCGCGCGGCUGCUGCUGGCUGAGGCGGUGGCGGCUUUCCGGGCCCUGGAUGACGCGUGCGCGGAGUCCAGGUGCCUGCUCCUCCUGGCGCAGCUGGCCAACAAGGAGAGGAACUACGGGCAGGCGCGGCGGAUGGUGGAGGAGGCCCAGCGCCUGGGCGGCAGCGAGGAGUUCUGGCACGAUUCCACCCUGACCCUGGCGGAGACGCUGCUGUCCACGGAGGAGGCGGGAAGAGAAGCCGAGGCUUGCCACCUGUUCCAGAAGCUCAUCGACACCUUUGAGGCCCUCAAGAAGGAGCAGCCCAACCGGGCGCACGGGCUGGACUUCCUUGUCACGGACCUGGAGGCCAGGUGCCUGAGCCUCCAGGUCAAGGUCGCCUGGGAGUCGGCGGAACAAGAGCACCCUGAGUGUUCCAUGUCGCUGAAGGAGCUGGACCAGCGCUUGAUAGAUAUCGAGACAAAAUUUAUCAUUUGUGGAUACAGACAGAGGUGUGCUGACAUAAAACUGGAGCGUGCUCGGCUGAAGAGGUUAUGUGCCCAAAAUGAGAAGGAUGAGGAACAGAAAACCGCAUUUUACUUGGAAGCGCAUGCCUUGGCCCAGAGAGCAGUAGCCGAGGAAGAACUGAGGCUUCACAGGAUUCAGGCUUUAUUGUCCCUUCAAGGUUUGCAGAACGUCAACACGCCCCUGAUGAGGGCACUCGCCAGCCACAAGCUCAACCUGGUGGAGGCGUCUCUGGACGUGCUGCAGCGCAUCUGGGAGGAGGAGCUGCGGCAGAUGGAGCGCGGCUCGCUGGAGAAGCUGCUGGCCGACUAUCUGGAGAGCCACAGCGACCGCUCCUCCACCAGCCUGCAAUGGUUCCUGCUGAAGCGCACCCUGGCGCACUCGGCGCUGGCGCAGCUAGAGAGUCUGCAGCCGCUGAGUGGGGGCUGCGUGGAGAUCCGCGCCCGGCUGCUGGGCCUGGCCGGGAGGACCCUCCGCCUGCUGGCCACGCAAGCAGACCCCGUGCGUCCCGCCUGCUACUGGGAGGAGGGCGUCUUGGUGGGCGCCAAGCUGACCAGCCUGACAUCUCUGCAGCUGGACGUCGAGGAGGAAGGCGCCGCCAAGUCCAGCAGGACCCCGCCGGCCUCCAAAGCGGCCCUCGGGGAGCACGGCCGGAGAGGCGAGGCCCUGAAGCGGAGGUCGGUGCUGGCCCGGCGGUUCCUGGCGCAGGCGUCGGAGGUGCUGCUGCAGUGCCUGCAGGUGGCCCUGGCCAGCAGCCUCCUGGACGUGGCGGCUGCUGCCAGCCUGGAGGUGGUGGAGUGCGUCGGCACCCUGGACCCCGCCACCGCCUGCCAGUUCCUGGCGCUAUCUCAGAGCUGCUCGGCCUCGGAGAUGAUGCGGGACGUCCUGCUCGUGGCCACGGCCAACACCGGCAGCUCGCAGAUGGCGGCGCUGCUGCAGCUGCAGCACCAGCUCCGGCGCCAGGACAGGACCUCCACCAGCCUGUUCGCCAGCGUGGAGCAGAGGCUGGCCGCCGUGUCCAAGGCCUGGAAGAACCUCUGCGUCACGGAGCAGCACUUCAACCUCCUGAGCGAGAUCUCGCCCAUGUUCCGGAUCAUCUUCCUGCACCUCUCCCGGGACAGGUCCUAUCUGUACGGCGCCGCCUACGAAAAGUCCAGGUCCUUCCCCUCAUUCAAGGGGAAGAUGCAGCAGAUGGGCGGCUACUGCAAGGUGAAGCGGCUGGCCGUGAGGCCCGACGCCCUCUCGCACCUGCUGGCCUGUGCCAGGCGCUUCCAGGAGCCCCCGGCCAAGGUGUACGUGGAGGACACAAUCCUGAGCCCCGUUGCGGAGCAGCAGGACGCGCACGGUCGGUGGAAGGUCCCCAGCAUCCUGCAGUCCAUGGAGGAGUUUCUGAGGCCGCUCUUCCCCCUGUUCAACUUCCCCGAAGUCAGAGUGCCAAUGCCCCCCGUCGUGGUCCCCCCGGAUUCUGGGAAAUCCAAGGGCAAAGACAAGGAGAGGAAAGCAUCCGGGGGACUCCCUCAGCCCGAAGCCUCGGAUAAGUUGAUCCUGAUCGCGGACAGGACCCUCCUCGAGCUGCCGCUGGAGGGUCUCUCUGUGCUGGACGAAGGGGUGGCUUCCUCUGUGUCUCGGGAAUUCUCUCUCCAGAUGCUGUGGAAUCGCCUCCGCCAGGAAGAGACAGACGGCGCUGUGAAGAAGGAGGGCCGCGAGACCAAGAGGAGGAGCCUCAGCAGGAAGGGGAAGAAGGGCAGCAUCCGCCGGACGAUCCCGCCGGACUGCAUCGUGGUGGACGCGGACAGCAUCAAGUUCGUGGUGGACCCGCACGAGGACGCCCGGGGCCCAGAGAUGCUGACUCCCGUCUUCAUGACCCAGGAGAUCCUGGAGCGAUUCCGGGAAACGUUCACCGCGCGAUGGGUGGGGCAUCUGGGGACCAGCCAAGUCCCCAGCCAGGCGCAGUGGGAGCAGGCGCUGGGCAGCUGCAGCGGCUUCUUCUUCUACGGGAUGGAGAGCUUCCUGUCCCACAUCGUCGUGGAGAGGCUGGUGGCCAUGAACUUACAAGAGUGCCACCUGAUGGUCCUGCUGGACCAGACGCGGUCCAAAGACAGCCUGCGGCGGCACGUGGAACGCUCGGAGAACAAGAGUGCGUCCCAGCUGUCCCUGGAGCAGCCCAUCACGACCGCGAUCCUGCUGAGCCUGGUGGGAGUCAAGACCAUCGUGGCAAACCAGCGGCCCACGCGGCUGCAGGACAACGCGUGGCGCGCCAGCGUGCUGUGGGACGAUAUGCUGACGUUUGGCAAGCCGGUUGGGGCCUUGGUCCGUAUGCUGCAGAGGACGGGAGGCGACAAAACGGCUCACCGAGACGAGGCUCCGCACACCUCUCGGGACAAGCCUGCGCUCCUCCGUCCGCCGCCCUUGCCUGGGAGGCCCGAACUGCUGCCCGCCGCCCUCAACUUGGUCCUCUACGGGCUGCCGCACCAAGCCAUCGGCUAGCGGGUGCGGGGCCUGGGCCGUCCCCGAGCGCCCUUGCCUCAGCGCCUCCCACCGCCCUGGCUCUGCUCCGAGGACACCAGGGCCGCCUCUGCCACCCGGCCCGUCUCCUGCUCCCGGGUCUGCGGGCCAUGGGAGAGCCGGGCAGCAGGGCCGACCGUGGCCGCCUAGACCCAGCUCCUCCCUGCCCUGCGUGCACCUGCGGUCCCUCGGGGCGCAGCGGCGGCCACGGCUGGGGUAGCGUGGUGGCCCCUCCUGUGAGGCCGCCAGUGCCUUUCCCUGGGGACGGUCCCAGUCUGGGCUCUGGCGCGGCUCACGCCCAGAGGGCCGCCCCACGCCGCACUCGGCAGUCGCUGGGCUCUGCUCCGUGGCCUAGAAAACUGUCAGGGCCACGACUUUGUUUCGAGUUGUGUGUUUCAGUAAACAACAAAAACGUG